CCACACAAAGAUCGAGAGGCACAGGGAACCCCUCCAUAUGCGCAUCCAGAACAGUGCACCCCCAUACGAGCAUUAGAGUCACAGUGAACUAACUCAAAAAGCCAAAGAUAGAAGAUGCUUUGCUGUACCAAACCUACAACCCACCUACCGACCCCGAGUAUUAAGUUGCAGGUUCUAUGAAGACGCGGCCUGCCACAAUCGAAGGAUCUCGCAUAUUCGAAUUUACCGCUCCACUACAGCUCGGUCACAUGGUAGGAUGACGUGCUCGAGUAGUGUCACGUGACGGUGACGUCACCAGGCCCAUUUUCACCUAGCAGCUGCCCUGACAGGUUCGUGAGGUACAGGGAUAAUAAGGAAUCGAGAACCGGCUCCUCUGGGGAGCGCUAGGGUUGUCAUAUGGAAACAUCGGGACUAGAGAACAUGGAGACGCUGACGGAACUCGGAGAUGAGCUCACUCUUGGGGAUAUUGACGAAAUGCUGCAGUUUGUCAGUAACCAGGUGGGUGAAUUUCCAGAUCUCUUUGAGGAGCAGCUGUGCCAGAGUUAUCAAGGAAAUAAUGCAAUGGACACAACGUUACCCAAAGCUUAUAACCAGGCAGCUCAGCAGCCAUAUACUACUUCAGCACCUCAGCCUCAGCUCUUACCUGUAAAAGCUCCUCCGCAAGCCACACCCCAGAGAACUGCACCUCUUCUCCAGCCCAGACCCGUGGUUCAGACUUCUCCUCAGCCUCAGCUGCAACAACAGACAGUGAUGCUCACCCCCAAUUUCAGCACCGCCCCACAGACCCGAAUAAUACAGCAGCCACUCAUCUAUCAGAAUGCUGCUACUACAAGUUUUCAGGUGCUGCAACCUCCAGUUCAGAGUCUAAUGACAACACAGCAGAUGCAGCCUGUCACAAUUCAGCAGCAAGUACAGACAGUUCAAGCCCAGAGAGUUCUAACUCAAGCAGCUAAUGGUACAAUCCAAACACUGACCCCAGCUACUGUUCAGACGGUUACCCCUCACGUCCAGCAAGUUCCUGUGCUUGUACAGCCGCAGAUAAUCAAAACGGAGUCUUUGGUGCUUACUGCAGUGAAGGCAGAUGGCAGCCCUGUGAUGACCGCUGUACAAAAUCCAGCUAUAACAACACUUGCUGGUCCUUUACAGACAACCGCUCUCCAAGUACCUACCCUUAUGGGCAGCAAUGGAACUAUUCUUACCACAAUGCCAGUAAUGAUGGGACAAGAAAAAAUGCCCAUAAAACAAGUACCAGGAAGUCUUAAGCUGGCAGAGGUGCCUAAGGAAGGUGAGAGGAGAACAACACACAACAUAAUAGAGAAAAGGUACCGUUCAUCUAUCAACGACAAAAUUAUGGAGCUCAAGGACUUGGUUAUGGGCACGGACGCCAAGAUGCACAAAUCAGGAGUCCUGAAGAAGGCCAUUGAUUAUAUAAAAUACUUGCAACAAGUCAACCAGAAACUGCGCCAGGAAAACAUGGCUUUAAAACUAGCCAAUCAGAAAAACAAAUACUUAAAAGGUAUUGAUCUUAGCAGUUUGGUGGAUACAAGCAUUGGAAUGAAGAUAGAUGAAUUCAAUCAAAACACCUUGAUGAUGUCUCCUCCAGCAUCUGAUUCUGGUUCCCCUGCUGUGUUCUCUCCAUACUCUGUGGAUUCUGAACCAGGGAGCCCUUUGUUAGAUGAUGAAAAGGUAAAAGAUGAACCAGACUCGCCCACAGGAUUGGGUAUGAUGGAUCGCUCACGGAUGCUUCUCUGCACCAUGACAUUCCUAUGCUUAUCAUUCAACCCCCUGACUUCUCUGUUACACCCUGAAAGUGGCCAGUACUCCGAGAGAGCAGUGCAACAUGGAACAGGGAGAACCAUGCUUGGUGUUGAAAUGUCAGGUUUUUAUGGCAGCUGGUUUGAUUGGCUCAUACCCACAAUAAUCCUUUGGCUUGUUAAUGGAGUGAUUGUUCUCAGCGUUUUCAUGAAACUACUCAUCCAUGGAGAGCCUGUGACCCGUCUACAUUCCCGCUCAUCUGUCAAAUUCUGGAGACAUCGCAAGCAGGCAGAUUUGGAUCUUGCUAAGGGGGAUUUUGGUGCAGCAGCCUUGAACUUGCAGACAUGCUUGUGUGUUUUGGGACGCUCAUUACCUGCCACACGGCUAGAUCUAGCAUGCAGCCUUUCCUGGAACAUCAUUCGGUGUAGCCUGCAAAAGAUCAGCCUUGUCCGCUGGUUGCUAAAACACUCGCCUGGGUACUGCAAAAAAGCUGAGUUUCAGGAUGAAGCAACAACCAGUGCAAGGGAUGCUGCUCUGGUAUACCACAAACUGCACCAACUGCAUCUCACAGGGAAGCUGCCAUCUAAUUGGAACUGUUCAGGUCUCAACCUUGCCCUCUGUGCUGUAAACCUAGCCGAAUGUGCUGGCAACAAGAUCUCACCAACUUUACUUGCAGAAAUCCACCUCACAACAGCCAUUCAAAUGAAAACCAGUUUCCCAAGUAGAUUCCGCUUUCUCACUGCAUAUUUCCUUGGGUGUGCACAAAAUGCUUCUUCUGAGGAAACUCUUCCGGACCCCAUGCGAUGGCUUGCACAUCCUUUGGGAAAAUACUUUUUCAUCAAUUCUAACUGGGCUCUGAAGAGUGCGGCGAAAGACUCUCUUUAUACCUCUACAAGAAACCCAGCCAAUCCAGUUACACAGAUUCAUCGUGCUUUUUGUGAGUCUCUGCUGGAAAAAGCAAUGUACACCAUGGCAAAACCAGAAACCAGUAAAGCAGCCUCUGAAGAAGAAAGUUGUGAGUUUUCCAGAGCUCAAGAAUAUUUGAAACUUCUUAGUGGGUUUGCAGAUUCAGUUGGAAACGUUGCCUCUCUUCCCCUCGGUGGAUCUUCCCCCAUGUCUUCUGCAGAUCCUAUUUGUCGUUGGUGGUACUCUGUAUCUUCCAUGGCUAUUGGUUGGUUACAAGGGGACGACUCUGUGGUGAAGUCCCACUUUGCAGAAGUAGAAAGAAUUCCUAAGCUCCUUGACUCUGAUAACCCUCUGGUGAAAGCAGUGAUCCAUAUGUGCAGAGCCAUGCAAGCAGCUGUACUUGGCAAAUGUGAUGGCCAGCAGAACUCAUUCUAUCACUGUGAGAAAGCCAGCGCAUUCUUGUGGAACAGUCUUAAUAUAAGCAGCACCGGCAACACAAAUCUCAACAAGGUGGUGCAGCUUUUAAUUUGCAACCUUCUGCUUUCAUUGCGCACUUCCUUAUGGCAGAAACAGUCCUCCAGUCCAGCAGCCGGAGAUUCUAUUCAUGCCCCCACUCCUGCCCUAACAGGAUUCCAGCGUGAUCUCAGCAGCCUACGUCGUUUGUCUCUGACCUUUAAACCUGCCCACUGCAAGCUCUUCCUCCAUGAAGCCACAGUACGAUUGAUGGCCGGUGCAAGUCCAACUCGUACACAUCAACUUCUGCAACACAGCCUACAAAAAUGCACCGCACUUGCAAAUAAUCAAGGUGAUCUGGACUCGUUACCUGGGCAGCGGGAGAGAGCUACAGCAAUUCUCCUGGCCUGCCGACACCUACCACUUUCAUUUCUGUCAACCCCUGGGCAGAGAGCCGUCAUGCUUGCUGAAGCUGCCCGAACUCUCGAGAAAGUGGGUGACCGUCGUUCUUACCACGAUUGCCAGCAAAUGAUGGUGAAGUUGAGCGGUGGCACUGCUAUGGCAGCCUCCUGAAACGGACACUCGCCCAGAUCUGUUGGGAAGAAACAACAUUCUCUUUUUCCAUGCAGGAACAAACCAAUGCUGUCUGGGUUGAACAAAUCCAAAAUAUUAAGAGGUCUAAAGCCCAGAGACUUCAUGGCUCAGUGGGUUUUUCAUUGUACAGUCUCAAUAAGGGAUCUCCUCCGGGAUAGUAGAGACAAAUUGAAGCGGACCAUGCUUUGCUUUGUAAUAUAUAUUUUCCGAGCAUCACACCUUUAAAACUAUUUAAGUCUCUCUUUUUUUAUAGUUCACCUCAUUCUCAGGGUACAUGUAAUAUAGUCCUUCAUUUACAGUCCUUCAAAGUAAUAUUUUUUUCCAUUUGCUACUGCUACAUUUAAGGCAUUUUCAACUCUCACGCUGAUAUCUCUUACAUCAAAGCUCUACUCAAACAUUACAUGUAGUUGUAGCAUACAAAUCCCUCAGUGAACAUGUACCCAAGCUAGCAGAACGAACUAAACAAGAAGACAUAAAACUGCUGACUUUCUCUGCUAAAGAGCCUUACGUUGAAAAUAUCCAGAUCUCCUAUUUAACACCAACUUGUUUCACUUCCAGACCUUACAUGAUGCGCAGAUCUUGCCUUCUCCCUCUACUUUGUUUACUAGUCUGGUGCAGUUGGCUUACAGGCUCAAGUAUUAAAUGCUGAGCAGGUUACUAUUAUCUGUUCGAA